AUGGCACCAUCCAAGACGCCCGGCCAGAACGACGCUGCUAGCGAGACCUUUAAGAAGAAGCAAGCUCAGGCCCAAGGCCUAGGCGCCCCUAAUGCCGCAGCCCAUAAAGAAGGCCAUGCGCCCGGCGAGGCACCAAUAGCGUCCGAUUCGGGUAUCACCGACGUUGGUAUCGAAGGUGGCACCACCAACGUCCCAGGAGAGAAGGGCAUUAGUGGUCCACGUGUACGGGACGAGUUAGAUCACCAGGGGAACUCGAUGGUUUAA